UAUAAAAAGAUUGCUUGAUGGUGCAACGCCGUCGCCGGCGUCUUUUAGUAACGUGCGUCCCCGCGUUCCCGUCGUGUUCGAGCACGGUCGUCGAAAAAUGGCGUCGUCGAAAAGCCAGCGGUGGAUGGUAGACUCGGGCAUUCUGCGUAAAAAGAAUAGCGACGAGGAACCGCAGGAGCUGUUGGUGUUCGGAUACAGCUGCAAAUUAUUUCGCGAUGAUGACAAGGCGAAAAUGAUUGAUCAGGGAAAGCAUUUGAUACCAUGGAUGGGCGAUAGCACAUUGAAGAUAGACAGAUACGAUGGACGAGGAGCACUGGCCGACUUACGGAUACACGAGCCACCACCGGGUGGUUUCGAUCACCGGACGAUACUUACCAAGGAGGAACUGAAAGUAGAGGAACUCUUUGACGUGGAACGCUAUCGGUCUCUCUACAACAACGAUGUGGAAGAAUCCAUGUAUCAUGAGGAGGAAAUAAAGAGGCUACACCAGGCGCUAGACUCUGAUUCGUACAAUCAAGUAGGAUUUACUUAUAAUGAGGACGAGAACGGCCACAAGGCUUCGGGUGAAGAUUCGCAAAGCCCGAAACAAUCGGAGGGCUCGCAAGAGGAAGACCAAACGUUCGUGCCGCCUCCUGAGUUGGAAAUUCCCGAUGGAAUGAUUCUGCCAGAGACGCAGAAAUUGAAUGCCAUUAUAACGAAAACGGCGCUGUUUAUAAGUCAACACGGAACGCAAUUGGAGAUCUUGAUAAAGACGAAACAGGCAAACAAUCCGCAAUUUGCAUUCCUAUCGAUAGAUGAGCCACUUCAUCGGUAUUACAAACAUAUGCUUGACGCUAUCAAGAACGGGAAAUAUAUACCUGAAAAGCAACCUGAGAAAGAAGAAACCGCGGAACCCGAGGAAGAGUCAGACCAAGACGAUGAACCGUACCUGCACCCGAGUCUCGCGUCGUCGUUUACCAAGAUCGAAGCGGCGCCCAGCAUACCGAGCAUACAAUACAAGCCAUCGGCAGAUUGCGCGUAUUCCAUGCUCGUGAACAAGAUCACGGGGAAGCCACCACCGUCCAAGGUACCACCGUUGGAUCCAGCAGUACCACCAGUGCCACCGUCGGCUGGAUAUUAUCAUCCGAUGCCACCACAGAAUUAUACUUACCCUACGCCCAUGCAGUACUCUCACGGUCCAGUCAUAUACGGGCCGAAUGGACAGAUGCAGCCGGCCUCGCAACUCGCCGUGCCAGCCAUGCCGAACGAUGUUGUCGCGACGCAAACCGCGUCACCCAAAGAGGUACCGUCGCCGUUGGUACCCUACGGCGUGUCAACGCAGAAGCCACUCAGCAGACCGUCGUUCAUCGUACCGCCAGCGGACGUACAAAUCAUCAUCGACAAGAUGGCGAGCUACGUAGCGAAGAACGGUCGCGACUUCGAGACAAUCGUCAAGAACAAGGGCGACCCCAGAUUCAACUUUCUCGAACUGUCGCAUCAAUAUCACGGUUAUUACGCGCACAAGCUGACGAUGUACGAGGGCGCGAUAAAUCCCAAGGUGCUGACGGAGGAGGAGCUGCUGCAGAAACAGGAGCCGCAGGAGGAGAAGCAGAAGAAGCUCGAGGAGCUGCAGAAGAAGCAGCAGCGGAUGGAGGAGGUACAAAAGCGGGUGAAGAUGAUACAGGCGAAGAAGAAGAACGGCGGCGAGACGAAGGCGAAACAGUGCGCCGGCUCCGCGAAACAGAUCACCACCGUGUCGUUCUCCAUCAAGAAGCCGAAGGACGGGGAGAGCGUGGUGAUCGAGAAACGUAACGCGUUACCUUUGGAGGAGAGCGACGAGGAGGUGACGGAGAACGAGAAGAAAGACGCGAGCUCCAAGCCCGGCUCGCCGCAGGACGGAGUCGCCGAUGCGACGAAUCCUUCGCUCGCCGUUGUGGACAAGGACCCGUUGAAACCCGAGAGGAAACUGAAGAGCGACGACAAGGAGCUGGUGGACCUGACGGACGACAUCCUCGAGGACUGCCAGAAGGAAAUUAGGCAGAAGCACGCUCAGGAAGAUAGGAUCAAGGACAAACUGAUAGCUGCACGCGACAAGUUGCUCUCCAGAGAGAGACAGUUGCAGCUCGAGAGGAAGAAGAAGGCCGCGAUCUUCCUCAGUAACAUUCAAACGCCGACGGUGAAGGCCGGUUCCACCUCCGCGAGUCAGAGCAGCCGGAAGGAUGAUUCCGACGAGGUGCAUUCCGUGCCAUCGCCGUCCCUCGAGAACAAUCGAGACCGAUCGUCGCAGGAUACGAGGUCCACCGGUAAUUCGCUGAUGGACCGGCUGAAGAGUGCAGAUCUGAGCGGCAAGAGAUCGCGGCCGCGUUCCAGAAGUCGAAGUGGAAGUCGCACCGACAGGCACAAGCUCCACAAAAAGCACAAGAAAAAGAAAACGUCACAUCGAAGCAGUUACGACAGUUCGAGCUCCUCCCGCCUGCACCGGUCCAAGAAGAUGAAGAAAUCGUCCUCGCGGCACAGAUCCCGCUCGCGCAGCCCCUCACACAGACACCGACACAAUUCGCGGCGGCGGGGCAGCAACACGAGUUACUCGGACUCGAGUUCGCCCUGAUGACGCUCCCCUGCUUGACUCUAAUUAAUUUAAAUUAAGUUAUGUUGUAUAUACAUAUUACAUAUAUUAUAUAUAUCAUAAUCGUGUGUAUAUUGUGAUGGCAUUUUAAUACUAUUUUUGUCAUAAGAUAAAUCGAGAAAAAUACUUUUCAAUUUC